CGCGCGAGGGGCGUGGCCAGGGGCGGAGCCGGCUUUGAGUGGACGCGGGAAGAUGGCGGAGUCGGCGGGGCGCGGCGGCGCCGGGAAGCCGCCCGUGGGCGGCCCCGGGACCCCGGGGGGCACCAAGCCGAAGGUCAGAAGAGCUCAAGGUGGCCGCGUAGUGGAGUCCCGUUACCUGCAGUUGGAGAGGAGAGGCGCCCGGAAGGCCCCCGCGGCCGACCAGACCCUGAGGACCAGCAGGGUGGCCGAGCCGGGGAAGAAGCCGGCCGGCCCGCAGAGGAACAGAGACCCCCGGGACCUGCACUCCACGCUGCUGGAGGGCCACGGCGCCACCCCGCCCGACCUGGACGUGUCGGCCAUCAACGACAGGGGCCUGGCCCGGCGGACACCGAGGCCCUGGCCGGACCGGACGGUGGCCGGGAAGCCCGAGGGCGGCUCGUUCUCCGAGCCACAGAGGAAGGAGCCCGACCCGGACAUGAUGGAGUCCCAGACGCUGCUGUUUACGCUGCUGACCCUGAAGAUGGAGAACAGCCUGGCGUCUCUGGAGGCGGAGGCCGAGCGGCGGCUGCUGGCGGCGUGCGGGGAACGGGCGCGGCUGGAGCGCCGGGCGCGGGAGCUGGGGCGGCGGCGGCUGCUGGGCCGGAGGGCGCGGGAGCUGGACGUGGCGCUGGACGUGCAGGUGGAGCUGCUGACGCCGUGCGUGGCCCUGUCGGGACGCUUCGCCGAGCGCUACCGCGGCCUGGCCGCCGCCCUGGACUCCACGCGCCACGAGCUCCCGGUCAGGGGCGUCCACUCUUCGGGCGACGGCCGCGGGCUGCUGGAUGCCCUGCAGGCGGAGCUGGGCACCACCCGCCACCUCCUGGCGGAGCUGGGCCUCGGGCCCGAGGGCCACAGCUCGGCGCUCGCGCUGCUGGCCCAGCUCCGGGCGGCCGCCGGGGACAAGGACCAGGAGCUGCGCAGGGCCUGGGCGCAGGUGCUGGAGCUAUCCUCGGAGGCCAGCCAGGAGGCAGCGCUGCUCAACCAGGACGCCUGGGAGUCGGCCUGCGGCCCGGGCCCCGCCCGCCGCUGGUACUUCGGCCCGAGCGACCUCCACGCCGUGCCCGCAGCCCCGUGUGCCAGCCCCUAACCCACGAGUGCCGGAAGCACUUCUCUGCCGCACUGGGCGGACACAGCAGCCUGGAGCCCCCCACCACAGCCCCCUUGCCCUGGGCGAGGACUCGGGUUCGAGCCCGCCCCCGCCCCCACCGCUUCUGUCCAAUAAA